AUGCCAAGUAGGAUGAGUACGAUAUAGUAGGUAGCAUAGGGUAUGGUAUGUUAGGGUUUGUUCCGGAGGUGUCACUGUUCCGGAAAGUGACCCAAACCUUUUAAAGAUUGUGAAGAAGUUAACAUGGCAUUAAAAAAAGUAAUACUGUAUUCAAAAACUAAAUUUUAUGUUUGUUCAGAUAAUGUUUAGCGCGAUGCAAAUAUAAUGUUUCAAUUACUUAAUAACCGCGUUUGAAGCUGACCUGCUACCUGCUAUCCAUUUCCAGCCUAAUCGAUAGAAAAUUGGCAUUUUUAACUAUUUUGCAAAAAUUAAUAUUGUCUAAAGCCGUGUAAAGCAGACCUAUAUUUACGUUUUGUUUCUUCUCUUAUUAAAAAUCCUUAAAUACAAGUGCCAGUUCAAAAAAAUAUGCAAACAAAGUUUAGAGAAUACAGCAGAAUUCGCUAAUAGGAUUCCGGUUAAAAACCCCCGAUAUAGCGAAAUUUUUUAAAUCCCAAGAAAAAAUGUUUCAUUAAUUCUUGGUUAAAAAAUCCGGAUAUAAUGAAAUUCCCUACAGCUAACAGUUCUUUAAUCCCAUUGCAAAUUGCAGUUCGUUAAGUUUUAAAAAGUUGCCAUCAACAACAAAUUGUUUGUAAACAAACCUAUAAUAUUUUCAUUUUACGUCUUUUUUAUUAUUUUUGUUUUAUUAUAAAAAGUUCAUAAGCUGCCUGUGAAUAAUAGAGCAAACGUUUCUUCGUAUAACUUGUCACUCGCGGGACACAGCGGCCCGCCGCGAAAAAAAAGUCUAACGAUAAUGGAAAAACACCCGUGUUUUAGGGUGUUUAUUGUUCAAAUCGAAGAAAGAAAAUCGCAAGUCUAAAUUUUUAUCUUUUCUAUUGUUACAGUAACUUUUUUGUUUUUUCUCAUUGUUUUUCUCGUUUGCUGACGUGUUUUAUCAUAAUUUCAUAGUUGUGAUUUCAGAACCUGAAGUGGACAAGGAGGACACCUUGUACUUCUUUAAGGCAAGAAACGAAGGCGGAGGAAGCACCGACGCCAAAAGCGGAUACAACGAAGCCAGCGACGUCAAAGAGUACGCCAAAGACCACCAAGAACGUAAGUAAAUAUUUGCUUUAUACAUAUUAAGGUCCUUUUACUUUUGCUCUUUUUAUCAUUCUUUUUCAAUCCAUGUUUGACUCUUUUUCUUAUUUGUUCGUUUUAUAGGUCCAGAAGAACAAAAAGAAGACCAUUGUUAAAAACAGCAACGUCGAGACGAAAACCAUCAACAACGCUGGAGUUUAUGUGGAUCAAACCAGACAAGUAAGUACUUGUAUUUUGUCAGUUUUAGGGUGUUUAAAUUGAGGAUAAGCAGAGAAGAUUAGGCUUGCCAGACUUAGCCUUGGUAGGCUUUGUCUUAGUAAGCCUAAGCUGGGUAGGCUUAGAUUAUUAGGUUUAGGCUUAGCUGGCUUCUUGUUCCGCCGUCUUUAUGAAAGACUUUUCAAGUCGAAGAAGGAGAAGGGCAAAUUUAAAUUUUUGUCUUUUCUACUGUUACAGUAACUUUUUUGUUUUUUCUUAUUAUUUUUCUCGUUUGCUGACGUGCUUUACCAUAAUUUAAUAUUUGUCUUUUCAGAACCCGAAGUGGACCCGGAAGACACCUUGCAUGGGGUACCCUCGUUGCGACAAGAGUCGCGUACAGAAGAAGACCCGCAGCCAAAACCGGAGAUUAAACAGGCGUCGACGUCAAAGAAGAGCACGCCAAAGACCACCAAGAAUGUAAGUAAAUAUUUAAUUUAUAUUAAGGACCCUUUAGUUUUGCUUUUUUUAUCAUUCUUUCUCAAUCCUAUUCUAUGUUUGACUCUUUUUCUUAUUUCUUUGUUUUAUAGGUCCAGAAGAUGAAGAAGUCUAACACCAUCAAGAACAGCACGAUCCAGAAGAAGAAUGUGGACAAUUCAGGCGUGUAUGUCGAAGCAAACAAAAAUGUAAGUUACAGUGACUAUACUUUUAUCUUGUCAGUUUUAGGGUGUUUAG